CAGGUGUGCGCGCUCAGCCAGGUUGCAUUCCAGGCCCGGCGGUUCUGGGUCGGUGGCUUCUGACCGCCUGCGCUGAUCACAACUUAAAUAUCGCCUCUCAGAAGCCAUUUCCUUUUGGAAUUUGCCCUCUGUUCUGCCUUAUCUCUGAGGGGUUUACUGGAAUUUCUCUGUUGCUGGGAGUUUGGGUUCUUCCCCCCCACCCCUUUGAUGCUUGCAAAGAAAUAAAGAGAAGAGCGGUAGCCAGCCAGCCUGCCUGGACCACAUGCAGGACAAAAGAGCCUUAUCCCUCAAAGCCCACCAGUCGGAAAGUUACCUGCCGAUUGGCUGUAAGCUGCCCCCUCAGUCCACAGGUGUGGACACAAACCCAUGCCCAAACUCACCUGUGUUCAGAACGGGCAGCGAACCCACCCUGAGCCCAGCACUGGUUCGGAGGGUCUCCUCGGACAUUAGGGUAGGGGAGGCACUGAGGGGCUCAGACAGCCAGCUCUGCCCCAAGCCACCCCCUAAGCCUUGCAAAGCACCCUUCCUCAAGUUUCCCCCAUCUCCAUCCACUUGGCUCAACUCAGAGGCCCACUACUGUGAACUGAACCCAGCCUUUGCUAUAAGCUGCGACAGGGCAGCAAGACUGCCUUCAUGUGCCCAGGACAGCUACGUGGAGCUGCUGAGAGCCAGGCAGAAUGGAGCCCUGGGUCCCCGGAACUCUGGCACCAGCUACUUGAUCCUUGAUGAUGAUGAUCGGGUAAGACCUUGGGAGCCACCAGCAGCACAGAUGGACAAGGGACAGGAGGACGAGGGCGAGUUUGUGAAGCCCCUCCUAGAGACUGACUCCUCAUUCAGGCCCAACAACUUUGAGUCAAAGCUCCUUCCUCCUGAGAACAAACCCCUGGAAACAGCAAUGCUGAAACAUGUAAAAGAACUGCUCACCAACCACGACCCUAAGGUCAUCGCCCAGCACAUGCUGCAGAUGGACUGCAAGGUUGCUAGGAUACUGGAGGUCUCUGAAGAGAUGCAGAGGAACAUGGGCGUGAGCUCAGGGCUGGAACUCAUUACCUUGCCAUUCGGACACCAGCUGCGCCUGGACAUAAUAGAAAGACACAACACAAUGGUGAUCGGCAUUGCGGUGGACAUUCUGGGCUGCACGGGCACUUUGGAGGACCGAGCAGCCACUCUCAGCAGGAUCAUCCAGGUGGCCGUGGAACUGAAAGACUCCAUGGGGGACCUCUAUUCCUUCUCAGCCAUCAUGAAGGCCUUGGAAAUGCCGCAGAUCACAAGGUUAGAAAAAACAUGGACCACCCUGCGGCACCAGUACACCCAAACCGCCAUCCGCUACGAGAAACAGCUGAAGCCCUUCAGCAAACUCCUGCACGAAGGCCGAGAGUCCACCUGUGUUCCCCCAAACAAUGUAUCAGUCCCGCUGCUGAUGCCUCUGGUGACCUUAAUGGAGCGCCAGGCUGUCACUUUUGAAGGAACUGACAUGUGGGAAAAAAAUGACCAAAGCUGUGAGAUCAUGCUGAACCAUUUGGCAACAGCCCGACUCAUGGCGGAGGCUGCGGACACCUACCGGAUGAAUGCAGAGAAGAUCCUGGAAGGUUUUCUGCCAGAUGAAGAAAUGAGUGAAAUCUUCAAGACUGAAUUUCAAAUGAGAUUGCUAUGGGGCAGCAAAGGUGCACAAGUCAAUCAGACAGAGAGAUAUGAGAAAUUCAAUCAGAUUUUAACUGUACUCUCACGUAAAUUGGAACCUCCUCCUGUAAAGCAGACAGAGCCUUGAUAAAUCUCCAGAGAACCUUAGGAUAUUCUUUCAAGCUUCUCCGGUUUCUUCUUUGGGAGAGCUUAUCAUUUGAUAAAGUAAUAAAGUACAAAUCUGACAAUAUACAAGCUUUUAGUAUCCACAGGAUAUUAAACAUGUAAAUUGCACAAAACACACUUACUUAUUUAUGAAUUGUUUAAAAUUACUACUGAUUUUAAAUAAAUGAUAAUUUAUUAUUAAAGCAACUGUUGCCAAUAUUGAUCAGCAAAUUUUAAGAGAACACCUAGCUUUGUUGGCUGGUUUCUUUCUAUUAUCACUGUAUUUGACCAUUUUUAGUUUUUAAUUCCAUGUCAGAUAAGUGUAAAUAGAAGAGUUUUUUUAAAAAGCAUGACACAUUUCAGAAGGUAUCAGUUGUAUGAUAUUCUUUAAAUAUGAAAAAUGUAAAUAGUCAUGAAUGAAAAUAUAUCUUUUUGUGAAAUAAUUGUAUCCAGUCUCUUUUUACAACUUAUCCUAGUACAGUAAUUCUACCUCCUCGCCUCUUCCCUAGACACCAUAUUCUGAGAAUAUACCCAAAUGAAUAAAGGAGUAUUAAAAAUUCAAGGUUUCUGGAUUCAUAGACAGAGUGAAUGGUGAAACAAAGUAGAGUUGGCUUCGGAAGACCUGGGUUCAAACUCAAGUUCUGGAGAGUACUAACAAACUUCGGUGAAGGUAAUCUCAUCUAAAGAAAAAAACAAAGUGGGACAAAUAGAUAAUACAAAGUAAACCACCACAAAUAAGACCAAACUUAUCAUCAAUAAUCAUUCUAAAUGUAAAUGACUGAAACUGCCAGUUAAAAAUCAGAUGUCAACUAGAUUUAAAACAAAACAACCUUAUGCUGUUUACAAGGAACACAGAUAAAGCAUAAAGACAAACAAAGAUUGAGAGUCCGUAAAAAGUCCGGAGAGUUGAGGGAGGGAAAAGGGUGUGAUUUUUAACGGGAAUGUGGCAGGCUUCUGGGGUGUUGGCAAUGUUUUAUUUCCUGACUUGGGUGUUGACUUUCUAAUAACUUAAGCUGCAGAUUAUGCAUUAUUCUGAAUGUACGUUUUAUAAUUUUUAAAAAAAUUUUUUAAAAUAUAUGUGAUACCUAGGAAUAUUUCUAACAAAAGAUGUGGUAGAACUUUGUGGAGAAAUUUUUAAACUUUACUUUAAAAAUCUGAAAAACACUAAGAAAAAUAAAUGGAGGCAACAUGCCCAUGGAUGAGAAGAUUCAACAUCAGAAAGACAUUAACAAAAAAAAAAAAACAACCCGUUGCCAUC